AAUCAUUCUGCCGCGAAACCUUGUGCGGAUGGUAGACGCGCGAAAUCCUUACUUCGGAUCCUAGAAGCUAUGGAUCCUGGAAAUCCUCUGCAUUUUGAAGUGGAUGCUUCUCAUGAAAAAUUAGAAAGCACCUUGGAAGCAGAUACCGUGAUAGUCAGCAGUCUUAAUCAAGACCUAACUCACUCAGAGUCGCCCUUCUAUAUGGACACCAGCAGUGCCAAUUCAGACUUGCCUCAGAAUGAAAUAAAGAACAUAAGAAGGGAAGAUGAGUCUGAAUGCAUUCUUUCUGAAGAAAUUUAUACCACACUAGACAAUUGGUUAGGUGAUGUCGACAUUGGAAAUGACUCACAGAAUGUACUAACUCAGCAAGUUGACCCCAGCAUUUCUUCCUUUAGACAAUUUGAACCCAUUUGCAAAUUUCAUCACACUGAAGCAUUUAGUAAUGAGAUGAUAACAUUUCAGAAUCUGAAUGGAGGCUUACCUCACAUAGUACAACCAGAAAUGCAAAGUCAUGUGUAUAAUUCUGCAAAAGACACCAAUAUAAAGGAAGAUUCAUUUAAGGAAGAAAAUCCACUGGAAACUAGCACUUCUAUAAAUGAAGAGCAAUUUGCUCAUGAGUGUGUCAGACAACCUUCAAGAAGUCCACCUGUAGUCCACGGCAGUGGAGAGACCGUGAAAUUCAUGGAAAUGUCACGGGCUAAAAGUGCUGCCACACAAUCUGCCCUGAAACCUAGUCAACCUCAAAGCGUCUGGUAUGCAACAGAGAAGACUGUAGUGUCUUCAAAAGGAACACAGAGUUUUGGGGAUAUUCCUGAGAUGCCAGUCAGUCACCAAAAGGAGGUCACAGUGGAGGACCCAGACAGUCCCGGGACAGUCUCAUCUUGGUCUCCUGCAGGCAUUUCUUGGAGUGGUGAAGCAUGUCAGGAAGACGGCAAGGCGCCUGACAUGGAGCAGAGCUUGGAGAGCUUACAGCCUGUGAAAGAGGACAUGGCUUUAAACAAAGUCUUACGGAAAUUAAAACAUACUAACAAAAGGCAACAAACUCUGAUCCAAGGCCUGCAGUGUAGUAACAAGAAUUUAGAGAAGAAGGUCAAAGAGCUCCAGAAGCAGGCUGCCAAGCAGGAUGUGUUCGUUGACAUCAUAAAUCAGCUAAAGGAGAAGGUGGAAGAAUUAAUUGAAGACAAGUACAGAGUGAUGCUAGAGAAGAAUGAUACUGACAGGACCCUGCAGAAUUUGCACGAGGUUUUGACUAACACCCAAAAACAUCUCCAGGAAUCUAGGAAUGAAAAGGAAACCUUACAGCUGGAGCUUAAGAAGAUCAAGGGCAAUUAUAUUCACCUACAGGAAAGGUACAUGACUGAAAUGCAGCAGAGAGAUAAAACUAUAAGUGAGUACAUGGAGAUGAACAGAACUUUAAGCAAGAAAGAAGAGGUAGACAGCCUGAAGCAACUCCAGGGAGAACUGGAAAAGGCCACCACUUCUUCUUUGAACUUGUUGAAAAGGGAAAGGAAGACCCAAGAGCAGGAGUUCCUGUCUUUACAGGAGGAAUUCCAGAAGCAUGAAAAGGAGAACCUGGAAGAAAGACAGGAACUGAAAUCAAGACUGGAGAAACCGCUCACUCAAGUUAAUCAUUUGCAGUUUAUAUCUGAAAACGAGCAGGCGAAGAGCGCCAAACUCAGCGCACUGAAACACGGAAACGAAAACGCAAGGCUUCAGCAGCAGGUGGCCAGGAGCGAGGAGCAAAGCCCUCAGUUUGAGACGGUUCAUUUAAAGGAGUACCCCCGGGAGGCGGUGGAGGCAGAUAUCACAAAGGAGGCAAAGAUGAUACGUUCUCAUGUGUUCCCGAAUUACUCACCUGGUGAGGAAGUGAGCCUUAGUCCCCCAGAUGUGAAGACAACCUCUCAGCUGGUCUCCAAGCUUCAUCGUCUUUUGGCACUGGUCAUAGGACUUCUCACAUGCCAGGACAUCAGUACUACCAAUACUGAACAUUUCAAAGAUAGUGAGAAAAUUAGUGAUGUAAUGCUACAAAAACUGAAGCGCUUCCAUCUUAAAAAGAAAAAUUUAGAUCAAGAGCUACUGAAACAUAAAGACAGAAUCACAACUUUUAGAGAGUUAAUUACUAACGAAAAAGCAUUUCAAGAUCGGGUUAUUGAGGUUACAGGCUUUGAUUCAGAUGAUGCCAAGAACAUUGGAGAUGUAUUUAUCUUACUGGGAGCCAGACUGAAUAUGUACCACAGUCUGAAUGAGGAGCUUGAUUGCUUGAUUCCAAAAUUGGGAGGUCUUCUAAAGUCAAAAGCAGACCAGUGCUACAGACUCACUGAAGAAAAUGACAAAUACCAAAGACAUUUAGGCAACUUAAUAAAUAAGGCUACAUCACAUGAAGAUAUGAUCAAAUGUGCUGACCAAAGGCUUGAGAUAUCCCACUCCCAGAUUGCACUACCAAGAAGAUUAGAAAAUCGUCCAAAGUCCUUGACUGUGCUGGUAGCCAAACCAAGGAAGAUGAAACUCAGCCACCCUUGUUCCUUGCCGUGUUCCAUAAGGUUGAAACAAACAGAAAUAGUUAUUAAAAUAUAGUAUCGGCAUUAUCUGAGAAGUUUAUCUAUCUGCAAGUUGCACUCCUUUUCCAUGUGUAUAUAAGAAUUAGCUGUUUAUGCAGUAAGAAUUGUAUGUAUAAUCAAGAAUUCCAUAUGUAAUCAAGAAUCAGUUGUCACUAAAUGCCUGUGUUUCCUAAAAACUUCAGAUACAUUUUUUUCCUUUCAUUUUUAGAUGCCAGAUAUUUUAGAAGGAAACAGAAAUUAUUUAGAUUAAACAUGAUUGAAGAUUAAACAUUAAUCAUUUUUGUCGGCCAAUCCAGGAGCAAGUCAUUACUAAGUAUAAUAACCAGAUCAAUCGUACAAAUGAUACAUUAAAAUCUGUAUAAAUGAUGAAAUUAUAUAUUCCAAAAACUGUGA